CGCUGCAAUCACGUGUGCUUGUGCUUGAGAGAGUGCGGCUUGGAGUGCGGAGCAUUGGUAGCGUGCGCCGGACUCAGAACAUGGUGUGGAGCGGAUGUAAAAUAUAAACAGCGUCAGUACACUAGCGAGUGACGUGAAGCGAAGGCCAGUCGGCCAGAAUGCUGCCAAAGAAUAGAAGUUUACCACGAUUGGUGGCAGCGGCACUUUUUGGCUCCGCUGUCACACUGCUAGUGAUAACAUCUCAACAGCCGACGAAAGACCACAUUACAGGCAACAGUGCGCAUGUCCGGAACAAGAGAUCCGUGUCGUCUGAUGUCUCGGACGUCGCGUCUCUCUCGCCGCCUGAGGUGGUCACUCAGCUGGCUCAGUUGCUAUCCCCGGCCAGUCAGAGGUCUGUCUGUCGGAGUACCAUCUACCCUGGAGGCAGGUGUGGCUGUGACGACAUCUCCGGCGACGACUCAUGUGGGGUGACGCCGCUCAUGGACCCCAGAACGCCCGUUUGUCUGGGAAAGGGCCUGCUCCUGCCGGGGAAGCCAUGUCUCGUUUACUCAGCAGGCAUCGAGGCCGGUCUCUCGUUUGAGACGGAGCUGGCAAAGUUCGGGUGCACAGUGCAUGUGUUUGAUCCGCUGCAGCAGGUGAACGCAUCGUACAUUCCUGAGCACGUGCACGUGCAUCCAAUUGGACUGGCCGGGAAUUCACAUGUUAUGAGUUACAAUAAUCGCGAGUACGAUAUGUUUAGCUUUGAUGACCUAGUGCAAGAGGCGGGACAUCAGCGACAUCAGAUUGACUAUCUGAAGAUGAAUGUGCUUGACGGAUGGGGCGUCUUGCUGCAACAAAGCGGCAGUGGCGCCACGCUGCGGAAGAUACCACAACUAGCAAUGACGCUACGAUUCCCACGAAAAGUCUAUGAAGGUUCUGCUGAUAAGGACGAGCCGUCAUAUGGACACAGUUUGAGAGGCUAUUUGAAGCAGUUGAGAGCUCUACAGGCGGCUGGCCAUCAGUUGGUGUUAAGCCAGCCAGGCAAAGAGAAAUUCGACGGCACUAAUUUGUCGCACGAAUAUCGUACUUUUUGGGUUAGGAAAUGCACGGCUUAUUGUCGCUGAAUCCGGCUGUGAGUAAAUACAAAGUUGCUUUUUUUCUGCGGAAAAUGUUAUCUGUCAUAAUAUCAAAACACUGACUGUAUUUAUUUCUUUAUGUGAUGCUUCCAAUAAAUGCAAUG